CUUGACAUGUUGCGUUGAUUUCGGAAGCAUCUCUUUUCGUGAAUUCAGCUAGUUCUCACAUAGGCUCCACACUUUCUCUAUAUGCUAAGAUUUUGUUUCGAAGAUUAAUUUAAUUAUGCUUUACCGAAGGAUUUCCUUUUUUAUAUUUUCGUGUAUUCUUCUUUUGAAUUCUGUUGGAACUGAGGUAUUUGAGAAAAACAGUGAACAUGAUAUUGAGGCACCUGAAAACCUACAAAAGCCCCUCGACUUUAAUGAGCGUAGAGAAAUUGCAGAAAAGUAUCUUGAUAAAUUGGCUCAGGUGAAGGAAAACUGGAUUGAUCCAUAUGAUAUGACUGGAUACACCAUACAGAAAUGGAAAAAACCGCCUCCUGAACUUAAAGAUGAAGAAAUUAAACAUGGCGAUCAUGAGGAUGCAAGAACCGAAUCUAGAGAUGCUCCAAAGAUACCCAUUGAAGAUCGGAAUGUACAUAUUGAUGAACCUUGGUUUUGGCACCCUCCUGAAAUUGAUGUUCUCGAAGAACCCUAUUACAGCACUGUUAGAAGAGAUAUAACAGAUGAAAGAAUGGAUAAUCCAGAAGAAGCAAGACAUUUAAUAGAUAAAAAAGUAUAUAUACCAGAUAAAGUUACUUUUAACUCUGAUAAAGAGAUUGAUGGAAGGUUUGGAGAAGGUAGACAGAUGUGCAUACUUGAUGGCAUUUAUAUAUCUCGUUGGUUGAAAAAGCUUGUAUUGAAAAUUGAGAAAAAUCCUAAGUUGAUUCCCAGUACUAUCAACUUUCCUAUUGAUAGCAUUGUGAUUAAUAAUCUAAGAGAAUUGGCUAAUGCAAAGUCCGUAGAGCUAUCGCAGUUAGAUGAAUUUAUGAGUAAAAUGAUUGACCAGUCUUUUGUUGUCACAAUGGAAGAGUUUGACUGGAAUGCCUUUGCUGACUACAUGAAAGAAAUUUUGAGGCCAAUUACAAUUUUUUUGGUUCUAGCCAUUUGCACAUACAGCAUUUAUCUAGGGAUCUUGCGUCGUCCUAUAUUUACUGUAUUAUGCUUUAUUGCCGUUAUUAGUGUUUUUUGGCAUUGGAUGCACUUAUAUCAACAAAGAAAAGCUUUUAAACUUGCAGAAUUAUCAUCCAUGACAAUUCCAGCUCAAUGUAGGAAACAUGAAUUGGGACUUAUCGAGCAUUUUCAUGAGUAUUUGAAAAGUUUUUUCGCAAGCAAUGAGUGUAACAAAUAUUAUGAAGCAUUAACCGUUGAUCCAUUUUGGGAAGUUAGCAUUACAGUUGCUAUUUCUGAAGCUGUUGCAGCUUUGCUUUUUCAACCAGUCUCUGUUUCAUCUCGUGUUUUAAAUGUGUCGAUAAAGCAGCUGAUAGAUGGAUUAUCAAUAUUCACUCUUGUACCUAUUUUGGCAUUUGUGUUUCUGCUGUUUAUUAUGUUGUGUAAUUAUCGAAUCAGAUUGCCUUUUUUCAUGGGUACUUUGGAGCCUAAUGCUCCUCCUGGUGGCAGUCAAGUUCAAGAAGUAAGAUGUUCAAAACAUGUGAAGGCAUUGAAAGAAGAAAAGAUUUCGAAGGGUGAAGAAAUAUCCACACAAGGUACCAUUGAUGGUUCAGAAAAAGCUAAACAUGUAAGUUGCAUUCAGAAUGUCCCAGAAGAAGGCAGAGAUCCAGAUAUAGAAGUUUUGCCAGGCAGAAUUGGCAAUAUUAAAGCAUCUGGCAGCGAAGAUAAUACGUCAAUAACAGAAUCUGAAGAUGCAGAGACUGACGCAGAGAAUUCAUUGAUGGAACCGCAGAAUUGUGAGUGCUGUAAUCGUAGUGAUUAUGAUUGUAAAGUUUGUGGUAAUGCAGAGAUGCAUAACGCAUAUGAUGAGCUUGACUAGCUGCUGAAGGCUAAGAUUAUAAAGACUGUUUCGACCAAGUUUCAUAAAUUUGUGUCUGCUACCAGUGCAGCUGAUGUUCUACUUGGGUAAAUUUCUUUUAUUCAUUUUUUGAAGAUAUUCAUAUUAAAGUAAGUUUUAAUUGUAACUGUUCAUUAUGAAUUCUAGUCAUUUAUCUUAUAAAAAAGGAAUAUUUAAAAUGAUGUACAAAAAGGAAAGCAUUUAUAUUAAGUAUUGUUUGUGAUAUCAUAUUUGAAACCG